AUGUCUUACAGGCGCGAUAACGAAACCAGAUCCGAGCUGCUUGUCACAAACAUCUUACUGGAUGGGUCUUUUCCUGCUCUCAGCUCCACCUGCGCAGAGGGACAAGGCUCCAAUAAGGAUGAACCGCUUUUGCUAAGACACGUCGAUCCGCCUCUGAUCGAGACACGUUUCUCUAUACGGAGCUUUCGAGAGAAUGCUAGAGGCAGAAAAGUGCCGGUACCGGUGCCGACAGAGACUGAGGAGGCGAUGAUGAAAUACCUGGACACGGUGGAGGCUUCCAUCAAGAGUCUCGACAAGUAUGCUGAGCCCUCAAAAAUACAAUGGGGUGACUCGGCAGCGGCAUUCCGAGAAGAGACGCAUCGAGUGUACACCCGUCAACAGAACCUACUCCGAAACACCAUGGACGCCGUGUAUAUUGAGGAGAAUAAACGACCGUUUACGUACCGCGUUCACUCGACUGUGGAUGAGUUCGUGGACGAUGGUGGUGAGCUGCUUGGUCGCAAUGAUCAAUCGAUGGACUGGACAGAGUAUGAAGAGAGGCUGGAGCGUGCGGUGACAAGUGCCCAAGGAGUAGAUGCGAUAUGUGCUGCAUCAUCACCGGAUGUUCUCGAUAUGGUUUUCACUACCGAAGUUAUUCAACCUACGACAUUAUUGGCCAAAACGGGUGAAGGAGAGACUAUGGAGUGGAGGGUGUUAGAUCCUAAAGCAACUGUCGCAUGUCUGCUGAUUAAAGAUGACUUUCCGGAAACGUUCGGUAAUGCUCCAGAGGCUUACGAGUCGUACUGUCAAUCAAUUUUCGAGGCGAUGGAGAACGUUUAUCUUCGCCCAGGAACCAACCUCGAAUUGGGCCCAGCGACGACCGCCGAAGACUUUGUCCAAGAUACAAGACGUUACGAGCAAUCACUUGUACGGCAGGCGGCUUUCGCGAGCGCCGAUCUGAUGUCUGCAACAGGGAGGAGCCAACAGACGGAUGUGGUGUUGCCGCGCGAGAAGGGAAAGACGAACGAUGACGAUGCAGCACAGGAUAGUCAAGCGGUAAAUGGGCGUCGGGUGAAGGUAGCAUGGGUUGACUCGUCCAUGUUUGAUGUUUUGACUGGACAGCCAUCGAAAGAGCCACAUUACUACUUCAACAGGAUCUCGAAGUAUGAGAGCUCCAUUGAGGAGGGUCUCGAUAGGAUGCGGAAGGCGCUGGGUGAUAAAGGAGAGGAGGAGAAUGACGUGAUGGUGCUACCCGAAAGAACUGUAUGGGGAACCUGGAAGUAG